CCGGCGGCGCGAGCUGAGCCGCUUCCCCGCGCCGGCCACUCAGCGCUCACGCGCCCAUGUGUAGCCGCAUAGUUAUCUGUGUACCUGCGGCCCGGGCAUUCUGCUUAAUGAGGACCUGACUCGGGCUGAGGUGAAUCACUGCCGGCCGCGAAGGAGGAAGGCGCUCUUAACCCCCUCCCACCGCUCCAUGCCCGGGUGUCACUCGGCUCGGUCCACCUGGCGCGGCCGGUCCUGGGGCCCCUGCUGCUGCUGACGACGCCAGGGCUGCUGCCCCCCCGGAGUGCCCUCCGCCCGGCCGCUGGCUCCUCGGGGAGCGCUCCCUUCCGCGCCGAACCCCGGCCAGGCCGCCACUUGGGCUCCCGAAGCCCUGAGUGUUUGGAAAGCACAUCACGAGCUGAUCGAGAUCGUUGACGUUGAUUUCUGUGGCUUGAAGACUUCUGCUCCUUGUUGUUCGUUCUGUAAUUUUUUUAUUUUAUUUUAUUUUGCGUGAACAUCUCGGCGUGUAUCAAGCGGCAAGAUGUCCAGCAAUGUCCCGGCAGAUAUGAUCAAUUUGCGCCUCAUCUUGGUAAGCGGGAAGACAAAAGAGUUCCUGUUUUCUCCAAACGAUUCUGCUUCUGACAUUGCAAAGCACGUGUAUGACAAUUGGCCCAUGGACUGGGAAGAAGAGCAAGUCAGCAGCCCAAAUAUUCUACGACUUAUUUAUCAAGGACGAUUUCUACAUGGAAAUGUCACAUUGGGAGCAUUAAAACUUCCUUUUGGCAAAACAACAGUGAUGCAUUUGGUGGCCAGAGAGACAUUGCCAGAGCCAAACUCUCAAGGUCAGAGGAAUCGUGAGAAGACUGGAGAGAGUAACUGUUGUGUGAUCCUGUAACACUGUCUGUAAGUGUGGUGUCGUCCUUGUCUUUCAUGCUGCUGGGACAGAAGAGACCCAACAUUGCUUCAGAAACCCUUAGAAAGUCUGCCUGUAAAGCCAUGGAACUGAAUGAUCACAUGAACGCUGUCAUCUUCUCUCAUGAAAGUAAAAAGAACCGAGAACAUUUUUCACUAUGAUAUUUUAUUCCUAGUAUUUUUGUUUAUGUUGAGCAGUUUUAAAAUAGGUUUUAGAAUGCAGUCUCCAGGGGAAAAGUUAACAAGUUACCCAUCAUAGCAGAAACCUUUCUCUGCCACAAAAAUUUUAUCACCAGAACAAACAAAUCAAGUGUUCCAAAUUCAAUUUGACAUUAUUUUUUUCAUUAGCAGAAUUUAUCACGUAGUUUAUGGUACCUAGAAAUUUUCAUGUAUACAAUUCCACACUGGAAAACACUCAGCAGUUAAUGAAAUUAAUUACUGGUCCAACUGGAGGGGAAAAAAUGGUAAAGAAACAAAUGUUGGGUGGAUUCUCCCCAUCAGCCGUGGUGGCCUCCCUGGUACAGACUCGAACCAAGUGCCCAGCCUCCCCGCAGCCAGCGGGGGCGGGCAGCCUGCUGCUGAGGCGCUGGGGCAGCGGAGGGGCAGCUUGUUCCCUGGGACAUGCGCUUUCUAGUCAGAGUGACCGGGCGCUUGUUCACACAGCACAAUAGGGUGAGUGUGUUUCCUAGCCUUAAUGGGGGGUAAGUUCCGACACUCGUAGAUGUUCACGAUUGGGCAGAAAUAUUAGAAAACCUCAUUUACUGUUCAGUUUAUGUAUUUGAAUAUCAGUAGAUUGAAUCUUUUUUCAUAAUUUUUGCUCAUCUAUAAUUGUGUCCAGUGUCACACUUAACUCAUUAGAGAGUUCAGGUGAAUUCUGAAAAUUAAAAAAUUCUCCAUAAUAACUGACUUGUUUCUUUAUGUAGUUUGCAUUUGAUAUUAGUGCUUGCAAUUGUAUUAAAAUCAAUUCUUUUGUUAUAAAUCAAUAAUUUAAAAAUUGAUAUGCUAAAAACAAUUUGCACAGCACUAAAGCAUGAGCUAGUUUCAUCUAAAUCUGUAAAAAUAUAAAAGAUUUUAUAUUUUUUCACUGGGAAGAAAUUCUUCCUAGAUGAAAUUACAAAUAUGUGUAGAUUAUAUUUAAUAAAAAACUUAUAAAAUACCUAACUAUAGAACUUAAAUAUAGAUUGGCGUGUAGUAUAUAGAACAAUAUUCCAUAUAAAUAACUUUAGCCUUUAUAAAAUGAAGUUGCAGGCUGACAUGUUCUGUACUUAAUAAGUAUCCACGGUCUUUACAAACAUUAAGUGUAAAGGGUUUCAGAUUGUCAGCUUUGUUUAAAAGUAAUCAGGUUAUUUUAUUCCUUGUUAAUGCAUUGAUGAAAGGCUUUAUAAGCAGUAGAUCUACGAAAAUAUUGUUCAUACUGACAGAAUUAAAUUUGUAUAGAGCAGAGUUUUAAAAAUGAAUGUAAAUAGCACUAAACAUUUUCUUUCUGCAACCUGUACUUAUAGAUUCUUUCUGUAAACUAAAUAAAAAAAUAUCGUAGUGCAUUUUGGUGGUCAAUUUCAAGGUCUUGAUUAGGUUAGUAAUUGUUUAAGCACUGUCUCAUUCAUGUGACAGUUGUCUUCUACUUUUAUUCCUUAAUCUUUAAAGGUUUGUUUAAUAUUCUCUUGUUAGUUUGGAGAGUUACUUACAAUGUAUCUUUGAUAUUUAACCUGGUUAAUUUGUGCACAGUCAAAACAAUGGAUAGAAUUAUGUAGUCUCUGUUAUCACUAAAAUGUUAUAUUCAGAGAUGUUAAAUAUUUAUAUGCUUUGUGAGUUCUGUUAGUGUUGACUAAAGAGGAAUCUGGUAGUUACUUAAUUGGGCAAUUAAGUCAUUUAUGGCUCUAUUCUUUUGUAAAACAAACUACUGGUAAUUAUUUUUAAUACCUAUUUUAAUUCUACUUACUCUUCUGUUUUUCCAUAGUUAAAUACUAUCAGCUAAUUGUGAUUGAAUUUUUACGAUGGUUAAAAAUAUUCUCUACUGGUUUUCAAUAUAUUUUUCUGUGUGCUCCCACGUUACACGUUUCCCUUUCACAAGACCUCAAUUUAGAGUUUGCAAAAUGGAUAAACUUGUUUAUUAGUAGAGAAGAACUAUGUCACUUAAUAUUUAAUUUCAUUGUUGUGCAAAUGAAAAAAAAAGAAUAAAAAAAUAACAGUAAAAUUAUAUACUGAAAACACCAAAAAUAUAGAUGCCUUAAUAGUGUAUUCCUGAAAAUACCCAAUUAUCUCUUUAAAAUAGUUCCUUGGACUGCCGGGUGACUGAAAAAUGAUUGGUCACAGCCAAGGCUAAUACUGAAGGCCCCUCUGCCGCAAUGACGGUUCACAUGUGGAAAGGUGGGAGCUGCGUAGACCCAGUGAUGUAAACAAAGCCCGAGCCCUGGGCCUGUGACGGCCCAGCGCUUGGUAUCCGUGCGUGGCACCUCGUUUACCUGAUCAUCCUGGACUCGAAGGUUCUGGACAAGGCUAAGCUUUCCUUCACCAUUCACCUCAGCAUGUCUUCUUGAUCUGAACGAUUUGCUUUCUCUUCAAGAUACAUUGUAUCUUAUCUUAUCAUUAAAACCUAGUAGCCCACAUCAUCAUUCACACUAAAUGAGGUUUUCUCAUAAACGUUUAUCCUUAGUUUUAUGUCAUCUUGACCUUUGUUACAGUAAUUUCUGUUAGCUGAUUGUGGUAAACAAUGUUUAAUGUGAAAAGAAAUUAAAAGUGUCUUCAUCUGUUGUAGAAUACUUCUUCUAAAUGAUUUCUAUUCAUAAUUUUGGUGUACUUUCCUAUUCGUUAUCUCUCUACUGUUUAUC